AUGCAGUUCUACGAUGCACAACGCGAGCCGUUAAAUAAUAGUUUGGGCGCGAUGACGAACGUAUCGCUGAAUGCGAACCCGUCGUCGAUAAGGUCGAAUGGGAGUUCGGUGGAUGAGUACGGUAAUGGGAAUAAGCAUCGACAUUAUGAGGCAGCAGCAGCAGCAGGGACAGGUAGAGUGGGAGUAUCGGAUAAGAUGCAGGUGAAGGUGACGUUAGCGAAUUUGAUGUUUGUGAUGACACAUAAGGAUGCGUUGGGUUAUGAGAGUAUGAGUGUGGGGGCAUUGAAUGAGAGAGAGCAGGUGAUGGGCGUGAUUAGACGUGUGGAAUCGGUGGCGAAUCGAUUUUUCGAGAGGGCGGCUGGAAUACAGUUCAGUUCGAGGUCGAGGCUGGCUGGUAUGAGGGAGAGGUGCGAUGGAUUGUAUGAGGAUGACCAUUUGAGGUGA